UUACAGUGUUUUGACUUAUGCAACAUGGAGAUAAUAGCAAUGAAAUGCUGUUACGCCAUUGUCCUUGUUACAUGGCUUUGUUCCUUACUCUGUCCUGUAAACUGCACAGUUGAUUUUACAUUAGUUGAAGGAACAAAUGGAUCGACUAUUGUAGAAGCAAGCAUAGCCAAAAUAGCCCAUUCAUCCAUCUUCACAGAUAAUGAUCAGCAGAUGUUGCGGCGCAUCGCUUACGCCGAGACAAGAGACGGAGCCAACAAUGACACAUAUUCGUCCAAUGGUGGGAUAUGGGGAGUUGGAGAAACUAAGUACAAUGCUACUAAAAACACUGGCUCUAACUCACAGCUCCAACAAAAAGUACAGGGAAUUUCCACUAAUUUUGGAAUCAACUGGCUCACCACUAAUUGGACUGACCUGAGGAAGCCAUUUUAUUCUGCUCUUGCUGCUCGACUCUAUAUGUUAGUCAUCACUCAAUCAAUUCCACUGGCAUCUAACAUUAAUGGUCAGGGAACAUAUUGGGCUAACUAUUUUACAAGUUCUGGUGGAACUCAGUCAGAUUAUGUGACCGCUGUUAAUCAGUUAUUGGUUUUGCAAAAUUGCAGUGUAAAUGCGCUUGAUUUAUAUUUUGUCAUGGAUGCAUCUGGUAGUGUUGGAUCCUCAAACUUUCAACUCAUGAAAAACUUUGUCUAUAACAUUGUUAAUAGUUUUAAUGUUGGCAGUGAUAGUGUCCGUGUUGGUGUAAUGUCUUAUGGCUCAUCCAAUUAUUACCAUUUCUACCUAAGCACUUACACAGCAAAAUCAUCUGUACUCACUGCUAUUAAUAAUUUACCUUACAGUGGUGGAGGUACAAAUACAGCAGGUGCUUUGGAUGGAAUGAGGACAAGAGGCUUCUCUACAUCAUAUGGUGCACGUCCCAGUAGUCAAGGAGUACCACGGGUGGGGAUUGUUAUAACUGAUGGACAUUCAAACAGUUAUUCAGCCACUGUAACAGCAGCUAAUAAUGUACAUAAUGCUGGCAUCAUUGUUUUUGCUAUUGGCAUUGCAGGAGCAAAUCAAAAUGAGCUCAAUGCUAUUGCAUCUCAGCCGUCUUAUGUGUCUUUCCUUUCCUCGUUCAGUUUGACACUACUGAAUUCACUUCAAUAUACUAUUAGCCAGGAGUCUUGUGUUGCAUCACCUGAUGUUAAUUUGGGUGAGACUAUUUCAGAUAAUAUUGGAUCAGGGGAAACAAAGUACCUCAAUUACCCACUCCCUAAUAAUGACCAAGGAAUUACUGUUGUCCUCAAUGUGACAAAUGGCUCAGCUACAUUGUAUGCAUCAACAGUUGUUUCCACUCCUAAUGAAGCCUUUCAUGAUGUCCAAAUUACAACUGACAGAUAUGAAGAUGUCUAUAUUGAUCCAGCUAACCUAACAAAUCCAUCCAGUGCUGAUACAGUGUAUAUUGCUAUUGAAGGUACAGGUAGUGGUGCUUCAAAUCAAGUGCAAGUGAGUGCAACUCAAGGAGAUACUUCUACUGAGCCAGUAUCAUUAGAUGAAUUUUACAACACUCAAAUUUCUGAGAAUUAUGGAGCAAUUGUUUCAAUUGAAUGCAGAGCUACUGGAAAGCCACAGCCUACUCUAAACUGGUACAAGGCUGGUGUUGCUAUCUCUGCCUCUAAUAUCAAUGUGGUUAAUACUACUAUUGACAACACCACUGUGAAGAGUGUUAUUACCAUCACUGGUCUUGUUUCAGAUAAUGAAGGUACUUAUAUUUGCUUAGGAACUAAUCUUCUGCCAAAUGGAUCUGUUUCACAUUCACAAUCAUUUGUACUUAAUGUGACAGAAAUUAUUGUUACCAACUUCACUGGUACUCCUUUAAGUUCUACAUCAAUAUAUCUUAGUUGGGCACUGCCAAUAGGAUACACUGCUCAGUAUUACUUAGUGAAUGUUGAUGAACUAGAAACUAGUCGUUCCUGGACCUUUCAUGCUGUAGAGAGUCAUGCUAAUAUUAUAUCUUUACAUCCUUACUAUACAUAUCGAUGCAGUGUGGCUAUUGUUGCCAAUGCAACAUAUCCAUAUUCAAAUGCUAUAUAUGUCAUCACCCACCAAUCAGCCCCCACUGGAAUUAUACAAGCACCGAUUUCAAAUCCUUUCUCCUCUUCUGAGCUGAAUAUUACAUGGACGGCUCCACCACUUAAUCAGCAGAAUGGAAUUAUCAUGUACUAUAUCAUUGUGAUAACUGAAGUAGCUACUAACACUACAGUCCAAUACACAUCAAAUUCAACAUGGCUUUUUAUUUCCAAUUUACACCCAUACUAUACUUACAGCUUCAAUAUUGCUGCCGUAACAAUUUCUCCUGGUCCCUUUUUGAUAGGAAUCAAUGUCACAAUGCCAGAAGCAGCACCCGCUUCACCUCCUACUAAUGUACUCAGUUCUAGUGUUACUUCUGAGUCAUUUAGAGUUUCGUGGAUACCACCUUCAGCAAUAGAUCGAAAUGGGAUUAUCAGGCAGUAUGUCAUACUGAUUUUUGAAAUCAGCACUGGAGUUGUUUAUAAUUUGACAACUUCUAAUCAGUACAUUAUUUUUAAUAAUGUAAGACCAUUUAGUGAUUAUAAUGUGUCAGUCAGUGCCUAUACUAUCUCCACUGGACCAUAUUCUAAUUGGAUAACUAUUACUACUCUAGAAGGAGCUCCUAGUGCUCCACCUAAUGAUUUCAAUGCAACAAUAACUUCUCCUUACUCAGCAUUGCUGACCUGGAAUCCACCUCCUAAUGACCAGAGGAAUGGCAUCAUUAUAAACUACAUCAUUAAUGUAACUGUACUUGAAACAGAAGAGAAUUUCACCUUAUACUCAAACACUACUUCAUUGUUUGUUGAUGGUUUAAGGCCUUUUAGAACAUUUGAAUGUAUCAUUGCUGCUGUUACUAAUGUUGGUAUUGGACCAUACAGUGCAAUCUUCACAUUGUCUACUCCCCAAGAUGCUCCAUCUAGCUCACCUGUUCAAGUCCGUUCUGCAUCAGUCACAUCAAGAAGCUUCUCAUUGUAUUGGGAUCCACCUUCCUACAAUGAUCAGAAUGGUGUUAUAAAUUACUAUAUUAUUAGAAUAAUAGAAGUUGAAACUAGUGUAACAUCAGAAUACACAUCCUAUACUACAGUUCUCUCCCUUUCAUCUCUUCAUCCAGCCUAUACCUAUUACUGCAGCAUUGCAGCCUACACAGUUGCUCUUGGACCAUUUUCCAUUCAGUUCAACAUAACCACUGAUGAAGAUGUACCAACUCAAUCUCCAGUAAACUUUGUUAGUUCUGUACUUUCUUCUUCAUCUGUGUCUUUAUCUUGGAAUCCACCACCAGCAGAAAGUCAAAAUGGAAUAAUAAUUUCUUAUCAUUUAAAUGUAACAACAUUAGCAACUGGCUCGGUGUCUCUCUACACAAGUUAUGACACUACAUUACAAGUCAAUGGACUAGUCCCAUACACUACUUAUACAUGUUUAAUAGCAGCAGAGACAAACAUUGGAAGAGGACCAUACACUACUAUAAUCACUUUCACCACAAUGGAAGAUGCUCCAAAUACUUCCCCAAGCAUUAUAACAUACUUUGUUAUCGAUUCACGUUCAGUUGCUAUUCAGUGGAAUCCUCCUUCAGUUAAUGAUCACAAUGGUAUCAUUAGAAAAUAUAUCGUUGAAAUAGUUACAUUGUCUGGUGGUGGUAAUUCGGUAUCAACUUUCAACACAACUGGAACUACUGCCAUCAUCGGGUCGCUCAUUCCAUCAUAUACUUAUCAGUUUUCUGUGGCUGCUUAUACUGUAGCAACUGGCCCAUUCACUGAUCUCUUUAAUUUGACUUUACCAGAGGAUGUUCCAAGUGGCUUUCCUAAGGAACUUUCUGUCAAUAGUACUACUCCAUAUUCAGUUAGCCUUCAUUGGGACCCUCCACUGCAUGAUGAACAGAGUGGUGACAUUAUUGGCUAUGUUGUUAAUGUCACUCAUGCUGAUACUCUUUCAACUGUACAGUAUCACACAGUUGUCACUAGUAUUGUAAUUACUGGUCUUGACCCUUACACCACAUAUGUUUGUGUUGUAGCAGCUGAAACUUCUGUUGGUGUAGGACCUUUCAGCCACUUAUUCUUUGUACAAACAGAUGAAGCAGCUCCUGACAGUCCACCACAGCAUCCUAAUGCUAUUGCACUCAGUCCAACCAGUAUACACAUUACUUGGGACCCACCUCUUCUUCAGGAUCAUAACGGAGUCAUAAGAGAGUACCGUAUUAAUGUCACUGAAGCAGUUACAUCUACUUUCACUGAACACGUGAUUAAUCAAACACAGCUUGUAGUGACUGGGCUCAAACCAUUUCAUUUGUACUAUUGUUCUAUUGUGGCAGUGACAAUAGAUGAAGGCCCAUACACAGUAUCAGUAUCUGUUCUUACAGAAGAAGCUGCACCAUCAAUGCCUCCUCAGUCUCUAUCAGUGAGUAUUACAAGCUCCAGAUCACUGUUCAUAUCAUGGGACAUUCCUCCUGUUGAAAGUCACAAUGGAAUUAUAAGAGAAUAUUCAGUCAUAAUACAAACUGUUCUCACUCAAGAGGAGCAAACAUAUACCACACUGAACAAAUAUUUUAAUGCAACAGGCCUUGUACCAUACACUACGUAUAGAGUUAAAGUUGCUGCAGUAACUGUUGAGGCCGGACCUUUUACUGUCUCCCAUAAUAUAACCACUUUUGAAGAUACUGAGGGAGUUAAUGGUGUCAUCCAGCACUACAACAUUAGCAUUACUGAAGUAGAAACUGGUAUUGUAACACAUUUCACAACCACCUCAGUUAGUUACACACUAACUGAUCUACACCCAUUCUAUACAUACAAGUGUACUAUAGUAGCAGUUACUAUUGGAGCUGGUCCUAUUACUAGUCUGACAGUACAAAUGCCAGAAGAUGUUCCUUCUACUGCUCCGAACAAUGUCUUAAAUACUGAAGUGGCAUCAAAAAGUCUUACCAUUAACUGGGAAGUGUUACGUCUUGAAGAUCAAAAUGGAUUGAUUCGACAUUAUUUGAUAAAUGUGACGGAAACUGACACAGGAUCUCAGUUCCAGUAUACAUCAACUACUAUUGGCAUUACUCUUGCUGACCUGCAUCCUUACUACACAUACAGCAUCUCAGUAUCAGCAUUCACUAUAGCUGCAGGUCCAUGGUCUGACCCAUUACUUGUUACAACUGCUCAAGAUGUACCUUCUAGUUCUCCCGUUAGCAUUAAUACAUUAUCUAUUAGCUCUGUUGGUGUAACCCUUCAAUGGUUAGCUCCUCCACUAAGUGAAAGAAAUGGAAUCAUCAUUGGAUACAACAUCACUAUUGAAGACACAAUGCUAAAUACUUUGUUUAUUUUGUACAGUUCAAAAUUGAAUGUCACAGUUAACUCACUUGAACCAUACACAAUGUACCAGUACAGAAUCGCUGCAUAUACUGCUAUUGGGCUAGGACCAUACUCAGCCACUUUAUUUUUUCAAACGCAGGAAGCAGCUCCUUCGGAGGCCCCAGAAUCAUUAACAUUGGUUGAUAUUUCCAAUACAACUGUAACACUUACAUGGGACUCCCCUCCACUUGAUGCUCACAAUGGUGUCAUUAGAAAAUAUAUUAUUCAGGUUGUUGACAGCAGUAAUACCCAAUCACUCUACAAUGUAACUGGAAAUACUAUCACUAUUACUACUUUACUACCUUAUACUGACUAUAAUAUUGCUGUGUCAGCAUAUACAGUUGCCAAUGGACCUUUUAGUAGCUAUUUAUCUGUAACGUCUGAUGAAGCAGUUCCUAGUGCUCCCCCUGGUGCCAUAUCUGUAACAGCUAUCGAUCCAUCAAUUCUUAGCUUAUCAUGGAAUCCUUUACCAUCCUCUAGUGCUAAUGGCAUAGUUCGAGAGUAUAUUGUUGAUGUAUUUGUGCAGGAUUCAUCAGAGCACUAUCAGUAUUCCACUGUUAAUACUAGUCUAACCUUAACUGAGUUACAUCCAUACUACACUUAUACAGUGUACAUUGCUGCAGUCACCAUUGGCAGAGGACCAUUUUCAUCUGGACACACUAUAAGAAUGCCACAAAAUGCUCCUAGUGGUUCACCUAAUAACAUAACUGGCCUACCACUUAAUUCUACUGCUGUUCAAGUGUCCUGGAAUCCACCACAUCUACAUCUACAGAAUGGAAUCAUUACAUCCUACACUAUUGCUUUAUUAGAAAUAAGUACCAAUGCUACCCAAUUAUUUUCUCAAAAUUCCCUUUAUACUACAUUCAUCAUUAGUGGACUGCACCCUUAUUAUGAUUAUAGUAUAUCAGUAGCAGCUUACACAGUCGGAGUCGGUCCAACAUCUGUUACUACUGUCAGGACACUGCAAGAUGCCCCAUCAGCACCACCACAGAAUCUAACUGUUAAUGUAUCCAGCUCAACUACUGUCUUGCUUCAGUGGUUACCUCCUGAACCCAAUUCACAGAAUGGCAUCAUUCAAUUUUAUGAACUCAAAUUAUACAAUAGUGAUACAGGUUCAUCAGCUAUUAUUAAUCCAGCAACAACAAAUUAUUUGUUAAGUUCUUUGCAUCCUUUUUAUUCAUACACCUGCAGUAUAGCUGCUGUUACAAUUGGUACUGGUCCUUCAUCUAAAAAUAUAUCAUUCCAAAUGCUUGAAGAUAUUCCUUCUAGAUCACCAACUAAUAUUAGAGUAGCUUCAAUUACUUCAAGGAAUGCUGUAAUAAUGUGGGGACCUCCAUUAUCUGAGCACCAAAAUGGAGUCAUAACAGGUUAUACAGUAAGGAUUAAUAAGGAACAGUCAAUGGAACCUCUGAUUGUAACAACAACAACAUCUAACUACCUUAAUAUUUCGUCUUUGGAGCCACAUACUGAAUACAGAUUUGUUGUUUCUGCUAGCACCAGUCAAGGAGAAGGUCCCUUAUCAAACUAUACAUCAUUUGUAACUCUUCAAGAUGCUCCAACUGCAUCUCCUUUCAAUGUAAGAGUAACAGAAGACUCUAUAUUACCAAGUUCCUUUGGAUUGGAAUGGCAGAGCCCAUCAAAUGAACAGUUAAAUGGAGAGCUAAUUGGUUAUCUAGUUAUGGUAAUAGAGCUGAACACUGGAGCCAUAUAUACCAAUCUCACAUCCAACCCAUAUAUUGUUCUGGAUUAUCUUCACCCUUAUUACUCAUACAACUGCUCUGUGGCUGCUGUAACUGUGUCAACUGGUCCUUUUAGUGAUAGCAUAAUUGUACAAACAGCACAAGCAGCUCCUAGUGGUCCUCCUUUAUCAGUCAAUGUGGCUACAAUUAGUUCUAAAACUGCCGUAAUAGUUUGGAAUCAUCCAUUAGUAGAUCAAAUAAAUGGUAUUUUAAGCAAUUAUACCAUUAGACUUUAUGAAGUUGAAACAUCACUAUAUUUUACAUAUUAUACAAGCAACACAUCACUCUCUUUGAAUAAUCUUCAUCCAUACUAUGUAUACAAUGUAUCUGUGGCAGCGAUGACUGUAGAAAUUGGACCAUAUUCCAAUGAUGUAGCAUUUACUACUCUUCAAGAUGUUCCAACUGGCAAGCCACAAAAUGUAACAGUAACAACUGUAAAUGCUACUAGUUUGGAGGUCCGAUGGAGUCCAAUUCCUUCAAACAUGAGAAAUGGUCUAAUCGUAUCAUACUCUAUCAAUGUAACUGAAGUUGAAAGUGGCAGCACAUCCUUUAUUUAUAACUAUGUUGAUAAUGUCAUUGUACUAACUGACCUUCACCCAUAUUAUAACUACAGAGUACUAGUUGCAGGAGCCACUGUUAUUGGCACUGGUCCAUAUGCUCUAUCAGAAGGGCAAACAAAUGCAGCAGCUCCAGUUGGACAGCCACAAAAUAUUUCUGUGAAUGUUUUGAGUUCUUCAAUGGUUCAUAUAAUGUGGCUUCCACCACUUCCUGCACAACAGAAUGGACUCAUAUCUUAUUAUGUUGUAUCACUUUACUCAAUUGAAACUUAUGAAACAUCGCAGUAUAAUACAAGUGAAGCUUUCAUUCAACUUACUGGUCUGCAUCCUUUUUAUAACUAUGAGUGCCAUGUUGCUGCAGUUACUGUUGGACCUGGACCAAGUAAAAUUACUACUUUCCGAAUGGCAGAAGAUGUCCCACAAGGGCCACCACAAAAUCUAACAGUUACCACUUUGAAUCAAAGUACUAUUCUCAUUAGUUGGUCUCCUCCUGUUAUCUCACUUCAAAAUGGAAUUAUCAGAUCUUACACUAUCUACAUAUUCCACAAUUUGACUGGAUUAACAGACUCAUACACACUUUUGAACACAACUACACACAUUGUUACAAAUCUGAAACCCUUUUCUGUUUAUUCCAUUAGUGUAGCAGCAUCAACAAUAGACAUUGGUCCUUUUACUUCAUUUGUACCAGUGAUGCUCCCAGAAGGAGUUCCAUCGCUGGCUCCAUCUCAAUUUGUGGCUGAGUUUGUUUCUAAUGGAACAGCUCUUUAUUUUUCAUGGAUACAGCUACCAAUAGAUGAUAUCAAUGGAAUAUUGUUAGGAUAUCAGCUCAGUUGCAGUGGACAAAAUGAACACACAUUCUCUGAUAUUAUAACUGGAACAUCAGCUUAUGCUUAUGAUGUAGACAAAAAUACUCAUUAUACAUGUCAAGUAUGUGCAUUCACUUCCGUUGGCUGUGGACCAACAGCUAUGACACACAUCAGCACAUAUGAGAACUCUCCUGUGGGACCUCCUCAUUCUGUUUCAGCUAAUACAACCAGCACUAGCAUUUAUCUUCAAUGGAAGGCUCCGUUUGAUCCUGACUCUGUCAUUUUGAGCUAUGUUGUAUCAUAUCAUUUGCUUUCAACUCCAUUUGCAAUUGAAACUCCCCGUCCAAGGGUCACUAUUGCUGAUUUAAAAGACACUUCGUGUUUAAUUUCCUCAUUGCUGGUAUCAUCUACAUACCAAAUUGACGUGUUUGCAGUUACAAAAGAAGAAACAAAUGGACCUACUAGUGAACCAAUAAUCAUUAUAACUAGCUCUUCAGGAUCAAUGUCACCCAAGAAUUUAGAAUGUUUACCAACAAGUUCAAGCAGUCUUUAUUGUACUUGGCUGCCUCCUGAAGUAGUAGAAUAUGAUAUUCAAAACUACACUUUCCGUUACAGGCUGGCAGAAGGUUUUGAUUAUUAUCCUGGCUAUGGAACAACAUUAGGUGUGUUAACAUUUGAAUCUGCCACUCUUCAGUACAGUCUUCAUGGUUUGCAAGCACAUGGAGGGUAUAUCAUAGAGCUAGAGGCUAAUCUCUUACCCAUGAUUGGGUCAGGAUUUUCAGAUUCUUCUGGUGAAUCUGAGUUACAGAUUUCUGAUUAUGCUGUCACAAAAGGAUCUACCACUACUGUUAAUUUGACUUAUCCCGAAGCUCCCUCAGCAUCUGUGGAAGAGGUUAAUAUCCUUGUUGAAACUUCUAGAAGCAUGAGAGUAUCAUGGAAGCCACCAAAUAGAAUAAAUUGGAGAGGAAAAAUUGAGUCAUACAAAUUGAUUGCUACACAUAAUGAAGAAAACAGUGUUAACAAAAGAGCUGAGCCUUUAUCUAGAGAAAUAUUAGUGCAACCAACCAAUAAUCACCCAGACCCUAGUUUAGCUAAAGAACCAUUACAAUUUGAAUCUUAUGUCAUUGAUGAAUUAGAAGAAAGCUUUGAGUACUCCUUGUCCAUUAUCGUUACAAACCCUGCUGGUAAUGCUAUGCCUUCUACUCCAGUUCUUCAAAGAAUGCCAGAAGCUGCUCCAUCUGGGCCACCUACUAAUAUUUCAUUGCAAAGUGCUACAUUAAAUACUAUAAAUAUCACUUGGCUACCUCCAAAUUCAGUGGAUGCUAACGGUGUAAUUGUUGGCUAUCAAAUUAUUUUUAAUAGAACUAUGAUCAAUGAUGCUACAGAGCACUCACUGUCUUCCAGUCAAAAUUUUUUCUUUAAAAGAGGUUUACAGCAAUAUGAAGUUGUUUCCAUUAAAGUGGCUGCAAAGACAAUAGUUGGUCUUGGGCCUUAUUCUGACAUAGUAUUUUUCCGAACAAAAGAAGGAAUUCCAAGCCCUCCAAUAUCGUUACAAGCAGACAUAAUCAAUGAAACAUCAGUACUGUUAAAAUGGGACCCAAUAGAAAAUGAGCCAGUCAUUGAUUAUCAUGUAUUUUAUUCUGGAUACAGUCGUACUUCAAGUAGCACAGAUGGACCUCAUUUGAUGAUCGUAAAAUCCUCUGAAUCUCCUCAACUACUCAUUUUAAAUUUGAUGCCAGGAUAUUUUUAUCAGUUUAUUGUCAGAGCCCGUAAUAAUGCUGGAGUCAGUGCUAAUGCUUCUGUUGUGAUUGUAGUUCCAGAGGUAGCUAAACCUACUAGUACCAUCAGUUCACAGCAAGGAUUAGAUUCAUCUGAUAUCCUGACUUAUGCUGUGCCAAGUGUUUCAGCUUUAAUAAUAAUAAUUGUAUGCACAAUAAUGACAAUCAUAAUCGUUGUGUCUUUGAAAAGAAAUAGCAGAAAGAAAAAGUUUAUAAUGUCAGAUGAACCAACCAUAACAAUCAAUCCAAUUCACAAUUUACCAUCCAGUGAGACUGGUCCAGGAGUACCAUUGAAGUCUCUUCAAUUCAGGUCUGAACCAAUAGUUGAGAAUGAUUAUGAAGAGCUAAAUCUUAACAAUGAGAUUGUAAACGAACGCCUGGAUUGCCAAGAAGUCACUUCAAAUAGUACAGAUGAAGCAAGUGAUGAUGAGAAAGAUAAUGGAGGGAAAAAAGGACUUGAGCUUACUGUUAUGUAAUGCUACAUACUUUCAUUCUUCCCUUGUUUAUUAACAUUAAUAUGCUGCACGCUGCUAUGCUACUAAAACUGAUGCCUAAUAUAUUUUUGCUUGUAAUUAGUUGUAGACUACUUUGUGGAAUUGUUGUAUAGUUAUUCUGUAAUUUGUGGGGAUAUAUUUCAGUGAAUUUAGCUAAUUGAGA